UAGCCUGGUACCUAGUCAUUAUUGUUGACAUUAAGCUUCCUUCUCAAUUUGCUUGUACUUCUCGCUCGGUGAAACGAAUCUUUUGUCCAGCUUCACUUUUUCUCUGAAUCUCCGGCUGCCGGAGAUGAGUCUCCGGCAAGUUCGUUUGACCCUUUUCUUCUUCCUUUACCUCUUGGUCUCAUCCCAUGGCAUUGAUGUCAAUGGCUUCGGCAAAAGGAAGCGCAAAAUCGAUGGACCCAUCAAAACCGUGGUCGUCAUCGUGAUGGAAAACCGAUCGUUCGACCACAUAUUGGGAUGGCUCAAACGGACCCGACCCGACAUCGACGGUCUGACCGGCACCGAAUCGAACCGUGUAUCCGUCUCUGACCCGAACUCGCCGGAGGUCCACGUCUCCGAUGCUUCUCUGUUCGUUGAUUCCGAUCCGGGGCACUCAUUUCAGGCCAUAAGGGAACAAAUAUUCGGAUCGAAUGAUAGCUCAGCGAAUCCGGCUCCGAUGAAUGGUUUUGCUCAGCAGGCAGAGAGUAUGCAAAAGGGAAUGUCGAAAACCGUCAUGAGCGGAUUCAAACCGGAACUCUUGCCGGUUUAUAGAGAGUUUGCUAACGAAUUCGCCGUGUUCAAUAGAUGGUUCGCUUCGUGUCCUACGUCAACUCAGCCGAACCGGUUCUACGUGCACUCGGCGACCUCCCAUGGUGCCAUGAGCAACGUUCGUAAGGACCUGGUACAUGGAUUUCCUCAGAAAACCAUAUUCGACUCUCUGGAAGAAAGUGGCCUCUCAUUUGGUAUUUAUUACCAGAAUAUCCCCGCGACCUUGUUCUUCAAGAGCCUGCGGAAGCUCAAGCACGUCAUCAAGUUCCAUAACUACGCUUUAAAGUUCAAAUUGCAUGCCAGAUUGGGCAAGCUUCCGAAUUACGUGGUCAUUGAGCAGCGUUACUUCGAUGUGAACCUCUUUCCGGCCAAUGACGAUCAUCCGUCGCAUGAUGUGGCUAUUGGGCAGAAGUUCGUGAAGGAAGUCUAUGAGACACUGAGAGCUAGUCCUCAGUGGAAAGAGAUGGCCUUAUUGAUUACAUAUGACGAACAUGGUGGGUUCUAUGACCAUGUGCCUACCCCUGUUUCUGGUGUACCCAACCCAGAUGGUAUUAUUGGCCAUGUUGACCCUUAUUACUUUCGGUUUGACCGGCUUGGAGUUCGGGUCCCGACUUUUCUGAUCUCACCAUGGAUCGAUAAGGGUACUGUGAUUCAUGAACCAGAUGGGCCAACACCAAGUUCCCAGUUUGAACACUCUUCUAUUCCUGCCACAGUGAAGAAACUUUUCAAUCUGAAAUCUAAUUUCUUGACAAAGAGAGAUGCAUGGGCUGGUACCUUUGAGAAAUACCUUCACAUUCGAGAUACUCCUCGUGAUGAUUGUCCAGAAAAGCUCCCUGAGGUGAAGAGAUCACUGAGGCCAUGGGGACCCAGAGGAGACAAAGAGCUCUCAGAAUUCCAGGUUGAGCUAAUCCAGCUGGCAUCGCAGCUCAACGGCGAUUAUGUGCUCAAAACCUAUCCAGAUAUUGGGAAAACCAUGAAUGUCGAAGAAGCAAACAGGUAUGUUGAAGAUGCAGUGAAGAGGUUCCUGGAAGCUGGAAAGGCAGCUCUCAGAGCAGGUGCCAAUGAAUCUGCCAUUGUCACAAUGAGACCUUCACUUACUAGCAGAGUUGCUGCUGGGGAUAGCCAAAAUCAUUUGAAAACUCAGUAGUUCUUCCAUAACAAGUUGUGUAAAUAAUAGAUUUAUACCAUUCUGUGCCAACAAAUAAAAAUUAUGCAUAUAUAUUUUUAUUAUGGCACAAGACAUAUCAUUAGGUUAUGUUUUAUGUGAUUACCACCAUUAUGUUCUUCAUUGAAAAACAUUGAACUAUAUGAUGAGUUAAUCUUAUGACAAUGAAAUAUCAAAAACAUUUAUGUAA